AUGAGUUGCAGACAGUCCAGCCUGCGCAGCGGCGGCAGCUGCGGGGCCGGCGCCAGGGCCUCGUCCAGCAGCCGCUGUGGUUCCUCCGCGGCUGCUGCGGGAAGGGGCGGGUGUAGCUCUUCCAGCAGCCAUCGAGGAGGGAGCCCUGGGGCUUGUGGGAGGGGAGGUGGAGGCGUCUUUGGGUCCAGCUAUGGGAGUGCGUCUGGUGGCAGCUUUGGGGGAUCUAGAGGCUUUGGGGGAAGCAUUGGUGGUGGUUCUGGAGGAUGCUUUGGGGGGUCUGGAGGCUUCAGGGGUGUUUCUGGAGGUGGCUUUGGGGGAUCUGGAAGUUUUGGGAUCGUUUCUGGAGGUUUUGGGGGGUCUGGAGAUGGCUUUGGGGGUGUUUCUGGAGGCAGCUUUGGGGGUUCUGGAGGCUUUGGGGGUGUUUCUGGAGGAGGUUUUGGGGGGCCUGCAGGUGGCUUUGGGGGUGGCUUCGGUGGUGGUGAUGGUGGCAUCCUGGGUGCUGAUGAGAAGACCACCAUGCAGGGCCUCAACUCCCGUCUGGCCUCCUACCUGGAUAAGGUGCAGGCUCUCGAGGAAGCCAAUACCCACCUGGAGAAUAAGAUCCGGGACUGGUAUGACAAGCAGGGCCCCAGCGACUCCCCAAAGGAUUACUCCUGUUACUAUGCCACUAUGGAGGACCUCAAAAAACAGAUUGUGGACCUCACGGUGGCCAAAAACAAAACCCUUCUGGACAUUGACAACACUCGCAUGACAAUGGAUGACUUCAGGAUGAAGUUUGAGAUGGAGCACGGCCUGCGCCUGUCGGUGGAGGCCGACAUCAACGGCCUGCGGAGGGUGAUGGACGACCUGGCCAUGCAGAAGUCUGACCUGGAGAUGCAGUACACGUCUCUGCAGGAGGAGCUGGCUGCCCUCAAGAAGAAUCACGAGGAUGAGAUGUGCCAGCUGAGCGGGCAGAGUGGUGGGCACGUCAGUGUGGAGAUGAAUGCGGCUCCCAGCAUAGACCUCACCACGACCCUCAACAACAUGCGCCAGGAAUACGAGGAGCUCAGUGCUAAGAACCGCAAGGACAUCGAGCAGCAAUAUGAGACUCAGAUGAGCCGGCUGGAGCAGGAGGUGACGACUAGUAGCCAGGACAUGGAGUCCUGCAACAAGCAGGUGAUCCAGUUGCGGCAAAGCUUCCAGGGCCUGGAGAUCGAGCUGCAGUCUCAGCUGAGCAUGAAAUCAGCCCUGGAGAAGUCCCUGGAGGACACCAAGAACCGCUACUGUGGGCAGCUGCAGGAGAUCCAGGAGCAGAUCGGUGCUCUGGAGCUCCAGCUAGCUGAGAUCCGGGGGGAGACCGAGUGCCAGAAUCAGGAGUACACCCUUCUGCUCGGCAUCAAGACGCGGCUGGAACAGGAAAUUCAGACCUACUGCAGUCUCCUUCAAGGCGGCCAGGAUGCCUUUGAUUCUUGUGGAGCUGAAAAAAGUGGCUUAGGCGGUGGUGGAGGAAGUGGAUUUCAAGGAGGAAGUGGAAGCAGCCAUGGAAGAGGACCCCGGGGACAAGGGGCAAGCAGUGGAGGUGGCCACCGGGGAGGAAGUGGAGGCAGCCAUGGUGGAGGAAGUGGCUCUGGAAGAGGAAGUGGAGGCAACUGUGAAGAAGGAAGUGGAUUCCAAAGAGGAAGUGGUGACAGUUGCGGAGGAGGAAGUGGCAAGUUGCAGUCCUCACCCGCAAAACCUGGCGACUGUGCUGCCGCUCAAGGCUACCAGCUGCAAUACUAAAGCCCCUCUAAGCUUCUCCUCAGCCCCAGCGGAGUGUCCCCCAGAGAGCACCCGCGUGAAGCCUGCUCCUUGCAUCUGGAGUAUCCAGCACAAGCCCCAGGCCAGUUUGGGCAGCUGACAGGGCAAGUGUGCUCCUGGCUGCCUGCUGGCUCCCUGCAAUGGCGAGACCUCGCUUUUCCUGACUGGUGUGGGGGUGACACCCCUUCCUCCUGAUUCUGACUUCCUAAUAAAGGUUUCCUA